AUGGCUCUCGCAGACCAGGAUGAAUCGGUGCGCAUCGCGGUCCGCGCCCUCGGGGACAUGCGCAACAGCACACAGCACAACUCGCCCUCGACUUCAUUCCAGACCACGCCCACGCUCUCGGUGACGUCUGCGAUGUCCUCGCCGUCGCUGCCGUCCCCGUCGCUGAUUGAAGAAGAUUUGCGCGAAGACGAGAUGGAGGACCGUCGGCGGCUCGCCCCCACCUCCCCCUCCGCGUCCGAGGAUGCUGGGGCGCAACGGGAUGGCGAGGAGUGGAAGACGCUUUCGCGCGUGCAGAAUAUCCCGCUAGUAAACAGCGCGCUUCGAGCGUAUGAGCAGAGCAAGGCAAGUUCGCGGGUCGUCAAGGCUGACGGGAGAUGGAUGGUUGUGGGGGCGAUGGGCAUCUAUCUGCAGUACGGCGCGGAGAUGAUGGAGUCGUCGAUGAAGACCAUCUCACGUCCUGUGAUCGACCGCUUGCCAGUCGGGCAGCUCGAUGAAUUCGCAAGCAGGCAAUUGGACAGGCUGGGCAGCUAUACGCGCGGCUCGUCAAGCCGGGGCCGCUCGCGCGGUGACUCUGUCGACAGUCCAGACCGGAGGAGACCUUGGGAGCCGAGGGAUGGUUCAAUGACACGCAGUCCUUCUAGGGAGACUUGGUCCAGGGAGGAUGAUACAAGGUCUAGGGAAGCCACAACCAUACCUUCACCAUUGAGUGCCGUUGCUGAGAGCCGCACGCCUACACCACAUUCCUCCUCAAGCUCGCAGCCUGAACGGCCUAUCCUUCCACCUGCCUCCACCUUGACCCAGCAUGCAGACGCACAGGAGAGCCAACAAGUAGCGCAACGUAGUAGAUGGCAAACGGUCUUCCUAGAAGCUGGGGGUAUCAGCGCCGCGCUCAGCGAGGAAAGCAUGAGGCGGCUGAAGUACUGUCUGCAGUGGCUUCAGUACGCUACGGCGCAGAUCGAUGCCCAGAUUCUCGUCCUCAGAAAUUUCAUCGCCUCCCUCCAGCCCCACGGCACUUCGCCGCACGACACCCCCAUCUCCGCCCAGCACCUACGCACACUGCAGAUGGCAAAGCGUGACGUGGUGGAUACUAUCCGACAGGUGGUGGAGGUCAUGAGUCGCUACGCCGGUGGUGCACUCCCCGAGCCAGCUCGUUCGCGCGUUCGUUCAUUCAUCCUGUGUCUACCGCGGAGAUGGGCAACAGCCUCGGGUGUUGGCGUGGACGGCCCUGUCUCAGACCGCCCGGGUCAUAGUUAUGACGCACGCGGAGAAAGCACCGCGACUUCCUCUACCAGCUCGGCCAGGCAAAGGCAUCGUGGGACUGCCCCGUACAGCUAUGGUCCAGGCGAAGCGGGCCCCUCGCCGAGGUCCCGCCCUGCGUCGCGUGCGCCGUCGCCGGUUCGCGGACCGAGCCGGGGACACUCCAGGCAAACCAGCGCUGCUGCGAGCGGUGCGACUCCGCCGACGGUCGACGGCGCGACGCAGGCCGCGCAGAAGAUCCUCACGCUCGCGAUGGAAAGUUUGGAUAUGUUGCGCGGCGUGACGGGUGUGUUCAAGGACAGCUUAGACCGUGCAGAUAUUUGGGUCGAGCGUUUGCGCGUCGUUGGUGUGCAGCGCGGACAGAACGGGAACGUCGAAGGCGACGCUGACGGCGAGGUUAUCAAGUACCGCGACACUCACCUUCCCCCGUUCCUCCCUCGCGAGCACAGAGGCGCACACAGUCCUUCAUCCCCACUCUCCCCCUACGCUCCGCUCAGCCCUGCCACACCCGGUUCCGGGUACAGCACGCCGUUCUAUAGCAUCCCUCGUUCCUCCAGCACAGGCUCCCUCAGCGGCCUCGCUUUCCCCGGUCCUCUCAGCAUGGCCCCGCCCUAUGACGCACCCUCUCCGGCGGGCCAUGCCGCUACCGUCCUCGACAAGCUCUCUCUGUCUUCGAAUCAUUCAGAAGCAGGCUCGCGCCUCGCGACGCCGAAGAGCGCACUAAUGGGCCUGCCACCCGAGGGCGACUCUGGGGGCGGCGGCCGUGGCGAGAAGAGGCGCAACGAGAGCGACGACGGGGAUCGUGCAGUCGCUGCUGCGACCGCCUUGGCGGGCAUGGCGGGCUCCGGCGGUCUGUCUGCGAAGCGCAUAAAGCAGGAGGAGCGCGAAGUGGGCAUGGAGGUCGACUAA